UUUCCCAGUGAAGCCAGAUGCAUAAGUAGCCCUUAACCGCUCUGCUACGCCACCUGCUUUUUUCAAGAGUGUUCCUGUCCUGAAACAAAUAAACCGCUUAAACGAGUCUAGCUUUAGGAAAUUAGUGACGAAUUUAUGGUACCACAAUUUCUUUUCUAUAACAUUAAAACCAUCUUAAGAUUGCUUUACUAUGGUUAAUUUUAUAAUUUUCUCUAUGUAUGAUCAUUAUUUUAAUUAUUUAAAUAAUUAUCGGUUACGGUUUGCCAUGUCAACAAUGACUUCGGUUUUGGCAAUUCAUUAAAAUUAAAAUUUCAAAAUGGGAUCCAUUUUUUAAUCACUAAAACGAUAAUGUCAUUCAUUAUUGAAUGAAUUUGAUUGGAGGCCAUCGUAGUACAUAAUAAGAAAAGAGGAUUCGAGACGAAGCCAUGAGCUGAUUGUUUUGCGCAAUAUCUGUCAUUGACAAUUUCUCCUUGAAUUAAGCUCUAAAUUAGCAGGCGUCGAGCACUGCCAUAGGCUAUAAAAAACGGCCUGCUCUUGAACGAACCUUGUAGAAUGAACAACACUAGCCUUAACUUAAGGUCCCGAGCGCCUCCAGAGUCUCGGGACGAACUAUUUUCCGUGGUUCUUAUCAUCAUUUCGAUUCUUGGAGCUUGUGGGAAUAGCACCGUGAUCAUGGUUGUGGUUAUGAACAAGCGACUCCAUACUUUCACCAACUACCUUCUUGUCAAUCUGUCAGUGGCUGACUUCCUCGUGUCUGUGGUGGCAAUCCCCUUCCGAGUGAUUCAUGGGCAUGAUUCAGGGGAAGUUCUACCUCCUUGCCAUGUUACCCUAGGUCUCACUGUAUUGUUCGAUGGUGCAUCACGUAUUAACAUCACACUCAUCGCUUUAGAUCGCCUAAUCGCCAUAAAGUGGCCGUUCAAGUACAGACAGCUCUCGACUAUCAAGGUAUUGCUAAGCUCUGUGGUUUGUGUGUGGAUCUUUGGGGUUGUAUUUGGUUUGCUCCCUGUGAAUGGGAUUGGUCUUAAUAGCGGCGAAACUCGGAAGGAGAUGUGCUUUUUUCACUCUUCUCUUUCGGACUCAUACGUCUAUUCGUACUUGGUGCUUUUCUGUAUACUACCGCUAGUUAUUGUCGUACCUGUGAAUGUAUUUUUAUUUACCGCUAGUUAUAAGCAAAUGAGGACUAUGCACCAGCAAUGCAUGAACCUCGGGGUCAUUGCCCCAGCUCCAUCACCUCAAAACUCAGAGCUAGCAAGUGUGGAAAUCAAUACCGGAAUAAACCAGCAAAGAGCCCCCCGAACUCGCCACCGAACUCUGCGCACGGCUGUUCUUCAAAGCAGAGUGAUCAGAAUGGUCGCAACACUUAUUGGUGCGUUUGUUAUAGCGGUUGUGCCUAUUACAGUUAUCGACUUACUUCAAGUUAUAUCGAAAGGAGUAAUACCUGUCCCCUUCGUAGCGGCUAGAGUGGCAGUGUGUAUGAUUUACACAAAUGCUGUAAUUAACGCUUUUGUUUAUGCGGGUUUUAAUAGCGAGUUUCGGCGGACGUUUAGACGUAUUUACCGUAGAGAUGAUGGAUUUUCAAGCAACGGGGGAAAUAGAGACAGGAGAAGAGGUCCCGGGGAAUUCCAAGGGAGCGCGCUCAAUUCAUAUCACCUGUCAGGCCUUAGUGCGAAAUAGUCACAAGACCCUUCUAGUACCCGGUCUAUUUUAAUAAACAUAGAGUGGCAGCUGUUGGUCUUCGUAGUAGUAGUUUGUGAUAAUAGCAUAGCGUUCAGUAGAACAGUCUACAGCAUAACUUUGGGGUUUUUUGUGAUAAUAGCAUAGCGUUCAGUAGAACAGUCUAGAGCAUAGCUUUGGGGGUUUGGGUGGCUGAGCCCCUGAGGCGCGCGCACUCACUUUUCAAGAACAACGAAAUCAUAUAAUUUCAGAUUGAAUCUCUGUCCGCGCAUCCUUUUCUAGGCGCCUGAAAGCUUUGGUUUUAUUGGGAUUCGAGCUUAAAUGAACGAAUGCUGGACUUUUGGAGACAUUCAAGUAAUAAAACCAAACAAGCAAAUUAGAUGGCACAAGUACUAGAUUCGCCUUUGUUUAUCAAGCUGUUUGGCCUGCCAACCCUCAAGUAGAAGUAAUUUCCUCCGCACCUUAUCUAUCGGGCUAAUUUUCUUAGUGUCCAAGCUCCGUUCCUCUGCCCCAAUAUUGAUAAGUGCAGACAAAAGUUCAUUUCUUCAGGUGUUUCCUCCAAUUCAUCUUUUCUGUAAAGAUAAUCCGCUGGUUUGAAAGAGGUGCUGAGCCUUUUCAUAUUCCUAAACACAUGGGGCAGAUAUCAGUGAAAUACGAAUUUUGAUUAAAGUUCUUAUAUGGGC